GCUCGCACCCCUUCCCUCGCAGGGCCGCGCCCGCUCCCCCGCCCCGGCAUGGAGGAGAAGUACAGCGGGCAGGCCUUGGCCGGUGGCGGCGUGCUGGGGCCCGUGGAUGUGCCCAGCGCCCGGCUGACUCGAUACAUCGUGCUGCUGUGCUUCACUAAGUGUUUGAAAGCCGUGGGGCUGUUUGAAUCCUACGAUCUUCUGAAAGCGGUCCACCUCGUGCAGUUUAUCUUUAUAGUACAGCUGGGGUCUGCAUUUUUUAUGGUUUUGUUUCAAAAACCAUUUUCUUCUGGAAAAGUGGUAACCAAGCGUCAGUGGAUCAAAAUUUUUAAGCAUGCUGUUGUGGGAUGUAUCAUUUCACUCUUGUGGUUUUUUGGCCUUACUCUUUGUGGACCACUGAGGACAUUGUUGCUGUUUGAGCACAGUGAUGUGGUUGUGCUAUCACUCCUUAGUGUCUUGUUCACAAGCUCAGGUGGAGGACCAGCAAAGACAAGAGGUGCUGCAUUUUUCAUCAUAGCUGUCAUCUGCUUACUACUUUUUGAUAAUGAUGACCUCAUGGCUAAAAUAGCAGAACAUCCUGAGGGGCAUCAUGACAGUGCUCUUACCCAUGUUCUGUAUACAAUCAUUGCUUUCCUAGGUGUUGCAGAUCACAAGGGAGGAGUACUGCUUCUGGUACUGGCAUUGUGCUGUAAAGUUGGUUUUCACAUGGCUUCCCGAAAACUAUCUGUAGAUGUAGGUGGAGCCAAGCGUCUUCAAGCUUUGUCUCAUCUUGUUUCUGUCCUUCUGUUGUGCCCAUGGGUCAUUGUCCUCUCUCUGACAACAGAGAGUAAAGUAGAAUCUUGGUCUUCUCUCAUCAUGCCUUUCAUAACAGUCAUCUUUUUUGUUGUGAUCCUGGAUUUCUACGUGGAGUCCAUAUGCGCUGUCAAGAUGGAAGCUUCCACAUGUGCUCGAUAUGGAUCCUUUCUUAUUUUCAUUAGUGCACUGCUUUUUGGCAAUUUUUGGACACAUCCAAUAACAGACCAGCUUCGAGCUAUGAACAAGCCACCACACCAUGAAAGCACAGAGCAUGUUCUUUCUGGAGGGGUGGUAGUGAGUGCUGUCUUCUUCAUUUUAUCUGCCAAUAUCCUGUCCUCCCCCUCCAGGAAAGGGCAGAAGGGUACCCUUAUUGGCUAUUCCCCUGAAGGCACUCCUCUCUAUAACUUCAUGGGUGAUGCAUUACAGCAGAGCUCUCAGUCAUUACCCCGAUUUAUUAAGGAGUCACUGAAACAAAUCCUUGAGGAGUAUGAUUCUAGGCAGAUCUUCUAUUUCUUGUGCCUAAAUCUGGCUUUCACUUUUGUGGAGCUUUUUUAUGGAGUAUGGACCAAUAGCCUUGGUCUUAUUUCUGAUGGAUUCCACAUGCUUUUUGAUUGUUCUGCAUUAGUGAUGGGGCUUUUUGCGGCUCUGAUGACAAGAUGGAAAGCAACUCGCAUAUUUUCCUAUGGGUAUGGACGUGUAGAAAUUCUCUCUGGAUUUAUUAAUGGCCUUUUUCUGAUGGUAAUUGCUUUCUUUGUCUUCAUGGAAUCGGUGGCCAGACUGGUGGAUCCUCCAGACAUAGAUACAAAUAUGCUAACUCCUGUCUCUGUUGGAGGGCUGAUCGUAAACCUUGUUGGUAUCUGUGCCUUUAGCCACGCACACUCCCAUGGGGCUUCUCGGGGAGGUUGUCACUCACACGAUCACAGCCAUUCUCACCACGGGCACAGCCACAGCCAUGGGCACGGCCAUUCCCACAGUGAGCAUGGGCACAGCCAUGGACAUUCCCACGGGUCUUCUGGAGGAGGCAUGAAUACCAACAUGAGAGGUGUGUUUCUGCAUGUGUUAGCAGACACUCUUGGCAGUGUUGGUGUUAUCGUAUCCACAAUAUUUAUUCAGCAAUUUGGGUGGCUCAUAGCUGAUCCACUCUGCUCUCUUUUUAUUGCUACAUUGAUUUUUCUUAGUGUUAUCCCACUAUUGAAAGAUGCCUGUCAAGUGCUUUUGUUGAGGAUACCUCCAGAACAGGAGAAAGAUCUGCAUGCUGCUUUAGAAAAGAUUCAAAAGAUAGAGGGAGUUAUAUCCUACAGAGAUCCUCAUUUCUGGUGUCACUCUGCAAGUGUUGUGGCUGGUACAAUACAUGUGCAAGUGGUAUCGGAUGUGAUGGAACAGAGAAUUGUCCAGCAGAUUACAGCGAUUCUGAAAGAUGCUGGCGUAAACAAUUUAACUGUCCAAGUGGAGAAGGAAGCUUAUUUUCAACACAUGUCUGGACUCAGUACAGGAUUUCAGGAUGUCCUUGCAAUGACUCAGCAACUAGAAUCCAUGAAAUACUACAAAGAUGGUACUUACAUCAUGUGAUACAAAGUUGUGUUCACCAAAGCAGUUGUAAAUGGUGAACCUGUAGGAUUCCACAUUGAUAUUUUUGUCAGGAAAUCUUGCACAUACAUGUACAGAAACAAAUGUACUAUAUAUUUGAAUUUUUUUAAGCAUACUAUCUUUAUUAAAAUUGGAUCAAGAUGCUUUUAUAAAGGAAAUAAGAGGGACUGGAAUAUUUGAUGUAUAUGUGAAAAUAAUGGAAAUCUUAAAUACUGUACUUGGUGUUUAUUAAACAGAAGUCUUGCAACUUG